AUGGAUGGUAAUAUUCCUCCAGGACACGUGGAUGGUUAUAUCACUCCAGGACACAUGGAUGGUAAUAUCCCUCCAGGACACAUGGAUGGUAUAUCCCUCCAGACACAUGGUGGUUAUAUCCCUCCAGGACACAUGGAUGGUAAUAUCCCUCUAGGACACAUGGAUGAAUAUCCCUCCAGGACACGUGGAUGGACACAUGGAUUUUAUAUUCCUCCCGAACUCAUGGAUGCUAAUAUGCCUCCAGGACACAUGGAGGCUAAUAUACCUCCAGACACAUGGAAAUAUCCCUCGAGGACACCUGGAUGGAGACAUGAUGGUUAUAUCCCUCCAGGAUACAAUGAUGGUUGUACUCCUCCAGGACACGUGGUUGGUUAUAUCACUCCAGGACACGUGGAUGGUAAUAUCCCUCUAGGACACAUGGAUGGUAAUUUCCCUCCAGGACACAUGGAUAGUAAUAUCCCUCCAGAACACAUGGAUGGUAAUAUCCCUCCAGGACACGUGGAUGGUAAUAUCCCUCUAGGACACAUGGAUGGUAAUAUCCCUCCAGGACACAUAGAUGGUAAUAUCCCUCCAGGACACAUGGAUGGUAAUAUUCCUCCAGGACACGUGGAUGGUUAUAUCACUCCAGGACACAUGGAUGGUAAUAUCCCUCCAGGACACAUGGAUGGACACAUGGAUGGUAAUAUCCCUCUAGGACACAUGGAUGAUAAUAUCCCUCCAGGACACGUGGAUGGUAAUAUCCCUCUAGGACACAUGGAUGGUAAUAUCCCUCCAGGACACGUGGAUGGUAAUAUCCCUCUAGGACACAUGGAUGGUAAUAUCCCUCCAGGACACAUAGAUGGACACAUGGUUUAUAAUAUCCCUCGAGGACACAUAGAUGUUAAUAUCCCUCCAGGACACAUAGAUGUUAAUAUCCCUCCAGGACACAUGGAUGUUAAUAUCCCUCUAGGACACAUGGAUGGUAAUAUCCAUCCAGGACACAUGAAUGGUAAUAUCCCUCCAGGACACAUAGAUGGUUUUAUCCCUCCAGGACACAUGGAUGGUUAUAUUCCUCCAGAACUCAUGGAUGCUAAUAUGCCUCCAGGACACAUGGAGGCUAAUAUACCUCCAGGACACAUGGAAAUAUCCCUCGAGGACACCUGGAUGGUAAUAUCCUUCCAAGACAAAUUGAUGAUAGUAUCCCUCCAGGACACAUGGAUAGUUAUAUCCCUCCAGAACACACGAAUGGUUAUAUCCCUCUAG